CGUCUUUCUCCUUUCCUCCUUUCUUUUUUUUUUUUCCCUUUUUCUCGUUUUCCUUUCCGCUCGCCCACAACCACCCUCCACGGGCCUCUGCAUCUCGGCUGUCGGCCCCCUCGGGUGAUGGCGGCGCAGCCAGAGUCAUGGAACCCCCCUCGAAGAAGCCGAGACUCGAACAGCCGCCCGGCGAGGAUGACGAUGACGAGGAGAACCUGGACGAACUUUCUAUGAGUCCGACGCAGUUCGAUAUCAGUCAAGAUCCCAUUUACCAGCUCGAUAAGGGGAGAGCCAAGGCCGUGACGAGGCUCAAGUCCGCCUUCGAGACCAUUUUUGAGAAAUACGAGCGAGACUUCACCGGGGUCGGUGACGAGAUCGACCUCGAGACCGGUGAGGUUGUUGUCGACAAUGGACAUCUUUUAUCCUUACAGGACGACGAGGAGCGAGCUAGGGAGGGCCCCACCUCAAGCAAUGGCGCGGGCAAGACCGUCGGAGGACAGGAUGUGAGGUCGACACAGGGUUCUCAUUCCCAGGUCUCGGUGCGCGCCGACAUCUCUGCGCGCAAUCAUCCCCAAGUGUUGCCUGCUGGGCCGGCGCAGCCUAGCGCGCUCGGCGGCCAGCAUAGCUUACCUCCGUCUGGAUCUGCGCCAUAUCCAUUUGGCUUGCCCGAUCCAUUCACACUCGGGUCCUCUUUUGGUUCCCUCGGAUCCCCCAUGCUGGGCAAUGGACCUCUAGACCCGCGUUGGCAAGCCCCACAGCUCCCGAUGCCUCCUCAACCAGACAGGUUCGGAUUCAUAAGUCAAGGUCCUGGAUACCCGCCAUCUCUAGGGCCCAGCCACUGGCCGAUGCCAAUGUCAGGAGGUGCCUAUGGCAACGGCUUUUUCGGUGGUCCCUCUCGCCGUAAAGUGCCCCAAAAGCUAUCCCAUGUUAACCCCGCAAAGAGGAAAAUUUUACCCGCAGCAGCGUCGGCAGGGAAUGACUCGGACGAGGAUGACGUCCUGCUGGGUGACACUACAAAAGGGGAUGUUGGAGUUCCUCAUAAAGAAGUAGAUGCGGAGAGUUCACCGGCAUCUACAGCGACAAGGCCGGAGCAUAUAGAUCAGGAGGAAGCUCGCGGAGAUGGUACCUCUCCGAAGCCACAAUCUAGGUUAAGACGAUCAAAAAAAGAACCUGUUACCUCAAACUCGCCCGCGUGCGUUAAUGAUGUAGCCAAGGGGAGUGACCGCGACACGACAUCUACACGGAGAAUCGAAGUAAUCAUACCUGCAGUCAAAUCAACUUGCUCAGUUCCCAAUACGAUACCACCUACUGUCGGUGAUAUUCCGCCUCUUGAUACCUCGCAGAGGAGAUCUUCACGCGCACGCAAGCAGACAGAAUUCUACGGUCAGAUUCCGCGGACGAACCGUAGACAGCCAGAGCCAGAGAUUGCCGACGCCUCUUUUACUACAGCGGAUAUAACCGGUGAGGUUCUAGAUUCGCUACCUGUUCAAUCAGAGGCAUUUUUCGAGCCUAUAAGUCCUAUCGGCGACCCAUCCCAGAAUGAAGGAAGCCCUCUGCAGCUCGAGACUGCGGAGUACGCGGGCAGUGAUGAGCUCACCAGAGCGCUAAGUAUUGCUACUCAAAGUCAAGUGACCGGCGACGUUGCACCGGCGAACCAGUGGGAUUUCGAGAUGGAUGAGGGGAUCCAGGACUUUCUGAAUGGGACCCCGUCACUGGCUGAUCAUACCUCCGAAUAUUUCAUGGGCCCUCCCCCAUUGACUUCUGAGGACCCCGGGGGGCCAUCUUUCUCGUUCCCAAGCGGCGAAACUAAUGAACAAAACGACAAACUACUUACGAAUAACGAGCCCAAAUCAUACGACGACAUGUCGGUUGAAGAGAGACUACUUCAGAUUUUAGGCCGGGAGGUUCGUUCCGAGCAGUUGGAGAGUCCCGUGGUCAAUUCCGAGGGCGGAAUUGCCAAGGACUUCAGCCUCGUAGCAGAUCCGGGUACCGUGCCCCCUGAUACUGGGAACAACAAAACCCCGGUUGCUUUGGAAGUGGCACAGGAAUCCGAUGCCAGACUCGACGACUCUCGAGCAGAGGCACAAGUUCCUCCUGUUCAAAUGCAGUCAGACGUCGCCCAUGAUAAUUUGCCUGGCGUUUCCGGAGAGGAACCCCAUCCUGUUGAAGCCGCACCUGUGGGAUCAGAACCGGGUCGCGAUAUCACAGAGGCUUUAAGUUUCGUGGGGGGGGCUGUAGCUCCUAUCGGCUCACCCGGGUCGGAAAGGACUCGGCCAACGCGAAAGUCAGACUCGCCCGAACGAUCUAGCGAGCAAGCGCCUGCCGAAAAGCCCACGCUACCUCUACGACCAUCUCAAGUACCAGCGCAAGACACUAUCUCUCGGAGCCCCAAGGGCGACCAAGAGCGGAACACAAAGACCGACAGCUUGGCCAAGCGUCGGCCCUCACGCCCCCCCGAGGCCAGCACGAAUUCUAUCAUUCCCAAGACACCUAAUAAGCGCAGGAAGUCCCACGUAGAAGAGGGGCUUAACAGCAACAGUAGGAACCGCACUUCGCCAACCAAGAAGAAGUUCACCCUAGCGUCUCUCGUCCCGGACGACCCAGAUGGUGAGGACGAGCUGAGCGUGCUCUCGCCUAGCGCCACGCCGCACUUGUUCCGGCGCGAACACGCGCACACCACCACCACGCCCUCGCCAGCGUCUAUGCCGCGCGGCGCCUGGCAACGCACCGCGCCGGCGACGGACUUGCGGACGUGGGUCCCGGCGCGUAAGCUCGGCGGCGGCGGCGGGGUGCAGAGCUCGCCGCUAGCGCGCACGGCUGCGAGCAGGGCUGGCCGCGACAGCCCGCGGCUCGGCGGGGCCGCCACGCCGGCGCAGCGGAGACGCAAGGCGGGGGCGGGGGCGACGGGGACAGGCGAGAGCCCGGCACGGACGCCCGGCGGGACGGCGCGGCGAUGCGGCGAGGCCGGCUUCGUGUGCGAUCGGGAAUUCUGCCUCACGUGUUGUAAAUAAGAGCGAGACGGGGAGGAGGGGGGGGCGGGGGGCGUCUACCCGUCCGUCUGAAGUAGAGGAUGCGUGUCAGCUCGUCGGCCAGCGAGGAGCCGACGGUAAUAUAGUUAGCUAA